UGUGGCGCUAUUUGAUAAUAGCAUCAUGAAGACGUUCGUGCUGUUGGCCAUCUUCCUUUCACUGGCACUUCCAAGCCAGGCAGCAGAUUCAGGCUUCAAUGUUAAGGACAUUGUGAAAGGGCUGAAUGAUCUGACUGGUGAGAAAAGAGAGCUUGGUUUGAAUGUUGAUGACCUUGUUCAAGGGCUAAAUGGCUUGACUGAUCAGAAAAGAGAGCUUGAAAGUGAAAAUGUAGAGGAUGAGGCACAAGAUGUUCAAGAAGGAGAGAUUGAUGAAAGUGAAUUUCAAGAUGAAUCCAAUCAGAUAGAAGGGCAAGAAGAUGAUCAGCAGCAGAAAAGAGAAUUUGACCUUGAAGAAGAUGAUGAAAAACUAAACGAAGAUGACUCACUUAGUCAGAGAGAGUUAGGUGAGAAGGCUGCAGAAUUAGAAAAAGGGAACACUGACACCAAUAAAAAACGCUGGUAUGGAUGCUACUUUGGUCACCGAAGGCUUUACUGUUCACGAGUUCUGUAUUGCAAAAUCCGUCCUUACAGGAGAUGCAGUUAUGCUGGCUGCUACUACCGUUACUACAGACUCUGUUUGAUUAGGAGGAAAAUUUGUGUGAGGAGAAGAUACUGCCGCUAUUAUGGCUAUUAUAGAUACUACCACUGCAGAAGAUGCUACUACUCUACAUACUGGAAAUACGUUUAAUGCAUCACGAGACAGGGUGUGCAGAGUAUGAGAGGCUUCACUCCUUAUCUUUACACAGAAUUUGGCAUCUUCAAACUCAAUGGCUUUUCCACUGCACAAGCAUAAAAUAGAACUAAAAUUGAAAUAUUUAUAAAUGUGCUUUUUAAAGUAUUUUAAAUAUGCUUUUCCUUAAUAAUUGUGCAUGCAUGUUGCACAAUGUAAGUUUAGUCUUAACUUUUAGUGUGAUUAAAUGAUGCUUACUGGCACCGACUGUUCAAAACAGUUGGAUUGUUUUCCAUCUCCGCACAUCAUUUAAUGUUAAUUACAGUGUAUAUAGGGUCCAUUUGUGUUUUGUGAAAUUGCUUCUGCUGAAUGAAAAAAAAAAAAA